AUGACUCUUAAACAUCCGGAGCCCAUAGCCUACGGUAUCGAACGAAGCCGGCUGCUGGUAACUUUGGCUAGGUUCGAGAAUGACCUGCAGUGUGAUAACAUGUUCUUCUACGAUGAAAAGGACUACACAUGUUCACACAGUGUCUCUCAAGAUACACGGGAAUUAUCAAUGAUCACCUUCGAGACGCGUGAUGGCUAUGACGUCGUCGCGUUGAACCUCGGUCUGCGCUGCUCUCGAACGCCCGGCCAUAUGGACAUGACAGUCUACUGUCCCUACUGGAUGGUAAACAAGACGGGUCUUAGGUUGGCCUACAAGGUAAGCUUCUGGAGGCAGUCUGCUUAA